CCCAGAUGCUCUCAUCCAUCUUUCCGGCAUGAAUUCUUUCCGCCAGGGGCUGGCAUGGCUGGCAUGCGUCCUGUGCCUGGUUUCCCGUACCAAUGGCAAGAACCUCCCUGGCCCGGUGUGUUUCAAUCUCACGCUUACCUGGGAGGUCUGGGCCCCAGCGGGCAUUCCUCGACAGAUGAUCCUUAUGAAUGGUCAACUCCCAGGCCCAGCUCUGCAGUUGCAGCAAGGAGAUGAUGUCGAGUUCCGGGUGAUCAACCGUCUUCCCACCGAUGUGACUGUUCACUUCCAUGGAAUCGACCAGAGUGGCACUCCCUGGUCGGAUGGUACGCCUGGUUUGUCGCAGAAGCCUAUCGUGCCUGGCGGCCACUUCCUCUACAAAUGGCGCGCGGCUCACUAUGGAAGUUAUUUUUACCACGCUCAUAGUCGAGGCCAGGUCGAUGAUGGCCUCUAUGGCGCGAUCUACAUACGCCCAGAUGACUCCGUUGAAAGGCCUUUCAGGUUGAUUACGAACAAUACCGGCGAGUUGCACGCGAUGCAGGCAGCGGAGGAGAUGACAAAACCAGUAUUGCUCUCCGACUGGCGUCUAUUGACCUCAGAGGAACUGUGGCGGGCCGAGGAGGCUACUGGACUGGACGCAUACUGUGUCAACGCGCUUCUCAUCAAUGGGAAAGGGUCGGUUACCUGCCCGGGUAAAGAACGAUUGAAUGAGCUCGCUAGCGCUGAGCAGAAGCUGAUCCUGGGCAACCAGAAUCUGAGCGACACCGGAUGUAUCUCCCCCAUGUUAGCAUCUCUCCAGGGAACCUUUCCUCACAACAUUAGCGAAAUACCUCCGUCUAUGUUCUCCGGCUGUAUGUCAGGAGAUGGCGGUACUGAGCGUCUCCUGGUGAACUCAUCCGGCAAGUAUGUGAGUUAUGAUCUGAUAAGUGCGGCUGGGAUUUCGAUGGCCACCUUCUCGAUUGAUGAGCAUCCAAUGUAUGUCUAUGCUAUUGAUGGACGCUACAUUCAUCCAACGCUGGUUGACGCGGUCACCAUUGCAAGUGGAGACCGAUACUCGGUACUUGUCAAGUUGGAUAAGCCCGCUGGAGAUUAUGCCAUUCGUGUAGCGAACUCGGGAAUCAAUCAAAUCCUUAGCGCGACGGCGAUGUUGACUUACGACAAACUGCCCAAGGCACAACAACAUGCAUCGGUGCCAUCGAUCGGCAUCCACGGCUCAGUCGAGUCUCCUCGCUAUACUUUACUGGACGAAGCUACCGUCAUUCCAUUCCCGAUUGAGGCACCGAGUGAUAAGGUUGCACAGACGCAUAUCCUAAAGCUCAGUCACUAUGGUGCCUCCUACCGCUGGACCCUGGGAGAUUCUAGUUUCCCUCUUUCGUUGGAGGCAACGUCGCCACUGCUCUUCAACCCCUCUACUGCUCCCCCGGACCUUAUAAUCAAGACGCUCAACGGAACAUGGAUCGAUCUCAUUUUCCACGUCCAUGGUCAGAUACACCCCCCACAUCCAAUCCAUAAACAUGCGAACAAGUUCUAUGUCAUCGGCCAGGGGACUGGCGCAUGGAAUUACUCCUCCGUGGCUGAAGCGAUGCAACAUAUUCCGAAGAGCUUCAACCUCAAGACUCCCCAGAUCCGAGACACAUUCGUCACGCCACCCUCUGCCACUGAAGACACCUGGUUAGCGAUUCGCUAUCAGGUUGUGAACCCCGGCGCAUGGCUACUCCACUGCCAUAUCCAGGUGCACCUAAGUGGGGGCAUGGCGCUGGCACUAUUAGACGGUGUAGACAAGUGGCCCGAAAUUCCGCAUGAGUACUCUAUUGGGUACUAG